UGCAUGGCAUGAGCUCUGUGUCGAGGAGCAUAAGGCCAUGGAGGCCUCGUUCUGGGCAGGGGUCAGCAAGCGCAUUCAGCAAAGCCUGGUCAGCCUCUGCAUCAUAAAACCAUAAUGGCAUUUUUCUGAGGCAAGAGCAAGUGCCCCGGCGCUGCCCCGAUGCAGUGAGGGCCAAAGCCGCCAAGUCUGCCUGGCUGAGGGACCUUUUCCUGCCCAACAUCACGCUCUUCAUAGACAGGAGACACUUCAACCACAGCGAGUGGGAACGUCUGGAGCAUUUCAAACCGCCGUUCGGCUUUAUGGAGCUGAAUUACUCACUGGUGAAGGAGGUCAUAAUGAUGCUGCCACCCAACCCCUACCAGCAGGUCCUCCUGGCCAACAAUAGCAGGCAGAGGCCGACCUGCAUCAGCUGUGCUGUGGUGGGGAACGGGGGGAUAUUAAACAACUCUGGAAUGGGCCAGGAGAUCGACUCCCAUGACUACGUGUUCCGGGUGAGUGGUGCUGUGAUCAAAGGUUACGAAAAAGACGUGGGGACAAAAACAUCCUUCUAUGGAUUCACAGCCUACUCCUUGGUGGCCUCUAUUGUGACGCUGGGGAGCAAAUUCAGCAAGAUCCCAAUGGGAAAAGAGAUCAAGUACCUUCACUUCCUGGAGGGCACGAGGGAUUAUGAGUGGCUGAAGGCUCUCCUGCUGAACAAGAAUGUCAGGAAGGGAUUUUUGGACCAGUAUGGGCCCAGACCACGGGACAGAUUCAGUAAGGAUUUCAGUCUGGACAAUUACCUGGUCAUUCACCCUGAUUUCCUCAGAUACAUGAAAAACAGGUUUCUAAGAUCCAAAAGUCUGGAUAAGUCCUACUGGGCACUGUACAGACCCACCACAGGGGCCUUCUUACUGCUGACUGCCCUCCAUCUCUGUGACCGGGUGAGUGCCUAUGGCUUCAUCACAGAUGGCUACCAGAAGUACUCAGAUCACUAUUACGACAAGGAGUGGAAACGUCUGAUCUUUUACACCAAUCACGACUUUGAUCUGGAGCGAACGGUGUGGAAAAAACUCCAUGAUGCAAAUGUCAUGAAACUCUAUCAGCGAUCCUGACCUGAGGCCCAAGGGACACUGGCUGGAGAGUUUGACCCUCUCUGGUAAAAGGGUCAUGUGGGAAAGAAACUUGAAAGGCAGGGGUGCAUCCUGACUUCAAGUAAUCUUCUACUUAUUUUCAUGAAGGUACGUUAAUUCUUUGGCACCAGAAAUCUUCUGUCUCAGGGCGUUGGUUCCAGGAAUAUGCACCUCAGCAACAGGGCAGGAAGGAAACACUAAGUAAACACCAUGAACCUUCACAGCUCAGACCACACAUGCAGC